ACCCCCGCUCCCGCUCCUCUGCACUUCAUCUUCACCAAAAAUUCAUCUCUUGCAUCUUCACGAGAAAAUCGAACGCCUCACGAGCAAAAUCGAACGAAGUCCCUUGCCGUCACGCGACCUCGCCGUCACGCCGUCUCUUCUGACCUCACGCGACCUCGCCGUCACGCCCUCUCUUCUGACCGAAUGCGACCUCGCCGUCACGCCGUCUUCACGACCUCGCCGGACUCUUCAGGACCUCGCCGGAAUUUGCGAGAGUCAAAAUCAUCAGACUUCAAGGGUGUUUCAGGUGUUGUCAAUGAAAGAAUUCGAGAAGCUCAUCAAGAUAAGUCUGCUCCAAAGAUGAUGCUUUUCCCAGAAGGUACAACCACCAAUGGAGACUAUCUUCUUCCAUUCAAGAGUGGUGCAUUUCUGUCAAAAGCUCCAGUUCUUCCUGUAAUUUUAAGAUAUCCUUAUCACAGAUUUAGUCCCGCGUGGGCACCAUAUCCGGGGUCAGUACUGAGACACAACAAUGGGAAGUUUGGUGUUGCUGGGAUAUGCAAUGGUGGAGGAGGUGCAUCUUCUCUUGUUCUUGAGCUCAUCAACGAUAGGCCUGUGGGGAGGGUGGCACGGUCA